CCCUGGUAUUGUGCAUGACGUACUCAGGUCUGUUCUGUGUGGUGGUGAACCCUUACAAGAUGCUGCCCAUCUACUCUGAGAAGAUCAUCGAGAUGUAUAAGGGCAAGAAACGCCACGAGGUGCCGCCUCACAUCUACUCCAUCACAGACAACGCCUACAGGAACAUGAUGCAAGACCGUGAGGAUCAGUCUAUUCUCUGCACAGGUGAGUCUGGAGCGGGGAAGACAGAAAACACCAAGAAGGUGAUUCAGUACCUGGCUGUCGUCGCCUCCUCGCACAAGGGCAAGAAGGACGCGACCCCUCAGCAGCCGCAGCAGGCAGGAUCUCUGGCAUACGGGGAGCUAGAGAAGCAGCUGCUGCAGGCCAAUCCCAUCCUGGAGGCAUUCGGAAAUGCCAAAACCAUCAAGAACGACAACUCCUCACGAUUUGGAAAGUUCAUCAAGCUCAACUUCGAUGUGACCGGUUAUAUUGUCGGGGCCAAUAUUGACACCUACCUGCUGGAGAAGUCUCGCUGUAUCCGUCAGAGCAUGACUGAGAGAGCCUUUCACAUCUUCUACUACAUGGUGGCCGGAGCCAAAGACAAGCUGAGGGAGGAGCUUCUGCUGGAGGACUUCAGCUGCUACCGUUUCCUGGUGGCCGGCCACGUGGAGAUCUCCGGUCAGGAGGAUGACGAGAUGUUCAUUGAGACUCUGGAGGCAAUGGAGAUCAUGGGCUUCACUGAGGAGGAGAGAAUGGGGAUGAUGAAGGUGGUGUCCACUGUGCUCCAGCUGGGCAACAUCAAAUUUGAGAAGGAGAGGAACAGCGAGCAGGCCACCAUGCCCGACGACACCGCUGCUCAGAAGGUGUGUCACCUGCAGGGCAUCAAUAUCACCGACUUCAUCCGAGCCAUCCUCACUCCUCGAAUCAAAGUGGGCCGGGAGGUUGUGCAGAAGGCACAGACCAAGCAGCAGGCUGAUUUUGCAGUGGAGGCUCUGGCUAAGGCCAUGUACGAGCGCCUGUUCCGAUGGAUCCUGGCCAGAGUCAACAAGACGUUGGACAAGAGCAAGAGGCAGUCGUCCUCCUUCCUGGGCAUCCUGGACAUCGCUGGCUUUGAGAUCUUUGAGGACAACUCCUUCGAGCAGCUCUGCAUCAACUACACCAACGAGCGUCUGCAGCAGCUCUUCAACCACACCAUGUUCGUCCUGGAGCAGGAGGAGUACAAGCGAGAGGGCAUCCAGUGGAGCUUCAUCGACUUCGGCCUGGACCUGCAGCCCUGCAUCGAGCUCAUCGAGAGGCCGAACAACCCUCCUGGCAUCCUGGCCCUGCUGGACGAGGAGUGCUGGUUCCCCAAAGCCACCGACGUCUCCUUCGUGGAGAAACUGCUGAACACCCACACCGGUCACGUUAAAUUCUCCAAACCCAAACAACACAAAGAUAAACUGAUGUUCACUGUUCUGCACUACGCUGGUAAGGUGGACUAUAAUGCAGCUAACUGGUUAACUAAGAACAUGGAUCCUCUGAACGACAACGUGACCGCUCUGCUCAACAACUCCUCCAGCAACUUCAUCCAGGACCUGUGGAAAGACGCGGAUCGAGUGGUGGGUCUGGAGACCAUAACCAAGAUGUCAGAGAGUUCGGCGCCCCCGAAAUCCAAGAAGGGCAUGUUUCGCACAGUGGGUCAGCUGUACAAGGAGUCUCUGGGCAAGCUGAUGACCACGCUGCACAACACGCAGCCCAACUUUGUCCGCUGCAUCAUCCCCAACCACGAGAAGAGGGCUGGGAAGAUGGACUCCAACCUGGUGCUGGAGCAGCUCAGGUGUAACGGCGUGCUGGAGGGCAUCAGAAUCUGCAGGCAGGGAUUCCCCAACCGCAUCGUGUUCCAGGAGUUCAGACAGAGAUAUGAGAUCCUGGCUGCCAAUGCCAUCCCAAAGGGCUUCAUGGAUGGGAAGCAGGCGUGCUGUCUGAUGGUGAAGCACCUGGAUCUGGAUCCUAACCUGUAUCGUAUCGGUCAGAGUAAGAUGUUCUUCAGGACGGGAGUCCUGGCCCAGCUGGAGGAGGAGAGAGACCUCAAACUGACCGUCGUCAUCAUCGCCUUCCAGGCACAAGCAAGAGGCUUCCUGGCCCGCAAAGCUUUCAGUAAACGUCAGCAGCAACUGACCGCCAUGAAGGUGAUCCAGAGGAACUGCGCCUGCUACCUCAAACUCAAGAACUGGCAGUGGUGGAGGCUCUUUACCAAGGUGAAGCCCCUGCUGCAGGUCACCCGACAAGAAGAAGAAAUGGGUCAGAAAGAUGAGGAGCUAAAGGCAGCGAAGGAGGUGGCGGCCAAGGUGGAGACCGAGCUGAAGGACAUCUCCCAGAAACACACCCAGCUGAUGGAGGAGCGAGCCCAGCUGGAGAUGAAGCUGCACGCGGAGACGGAGCUGUACGCUGAGGCGGAGGAGAUGAGGGUGCGGCUGGAGGCCAAGAAGCAGGAGCUGGAGGAGGUGCUGCACGAGAUGGAGUCUCGGCUGGAGGAGGAGGAGGACCGCAGCAACGCCCUGCACAAUGAGAAGAAGGAGAUGGAGCAGCAGCUGCAGCUGAUGGAGGCCCACAUAGCAGAGGAGGAAGACGCUCGUCAGAAGCUGCAGAUGGAGAAAGUGUCAGUGGAGGGAAAAGUCAAGAAAAUGGAGGAGGACAUUCUGAUGAUGGAGGACCAGAAUAACAAACUGCAGAAGGAGCGAAAGCUUCUGGAGGAGCGGCUGGCUGACAUGAGCUCUAACCUGGCAGAGGAGGAGGAGAAGUCCAAGAACCUGACCAAACUCAAGACCAAACACGAGUCCAUGAUCUCAGACCUGGAGUUGCGCAUGAAGAAGGAGGAGAAGGGUCGCCUGGACAUGGAGAAGGCCAAGAGGAAGGUGGAGGCGGAGCUGGGCGACCUGCAGGAGCAGCACGCCGACCUGCAGGCCCAACUGGCCGAACUCCGAGCCCAGCUGGCCGCCAAGGAAGAGGAGCUGCAGGCCACGCAGGCCCGUUUGGAGGAGGAGUGCAACCAGCGUGGGUCGGCAGUGAAGCGAGUUCGGGAGUUGGAGGUUUUGCUCUCGGAGCUGCAGGAGGACUUGGAGGCGGAGAGGGCGGCCAGGGGGAAGGUGGAGGCGGCCCGGCGGGACCUCGGAGAGGAGCUGAACGCUCUGCGCACCGAGCUGGAGGACAGCCUGGGUACCACCGCCGCCCAGCAAGAGCUAAGGGCCAAGCGUGAGCAGGAGGUGAGCAUGCUGAAGAAAGCCAUGGAGGACGAGGGGCGGAGCCACGAGGCCCAAGUCCAGGACCUGAGACAGAAACACAGCCAGGCUGUGGAGGAGCUCACUGAGCAGCUGGAGCAGGCCAAGAGGGUGAGAGCUGGUCUGGAGAAAGCCAAGCAGGCUCUGGAGAAGGAGUCUGCAGAUCUGAGCGCUGACCUGCGAUCCCUCGCCAGCGCCAAACAGGACGUGGAGCACAAGAAGAAGAAGGUGGAGGGCCAGCUGAACGAGCUGAACUCGCGCUUCAACGAGAGCGAGCGGCAGAGGACCGAGCUCGGGGAGCGAGUCUCCAAGUUGACUACGGAGCUGGACAGUGUGACGGGUCUGUUGAACGAGGCAGAAGGAAAGAACAUCAAGCUGAGCAAAGACGUCUCCAGUCUGUCCUCCCAGCUCCAGGAUGCACAGGAGCUGCUGUCGGAGGAGACCCGACAGAAGCUGAAUCUGUCUGGACGUCUGCGUCAGACGGAGGAGGACAGGAACAGCCUGAUGGAGCAGCUGGAGGAGGAGACAGAGGCCAAGCGGGCCGUGGAGAGGCAGGUCUCUAGCCUCAACAUGCAGCUGUCGGACUCCAAGAAGAAGCUGGACGAGAUGUCGGGCACUGUGGAGGCGCUGGAGGAGGGGAAGAAGCGUCUGCAGCGCGAGCUGGAGGCGGCCAACAGCGACUACGAGGAGAAGGCGUCGGCCUACGACAAGCUGGAGAAGAGCCGCGGCCGGAUGCAGCAGGAGCUGGAGGACGUCCUCAUGGACCUGGACAGCCAGCGGCAGCUCGUCUCCAACCUGGAGAAGAAGCAGAAGAAGUUUGAUCAGAUGCUGGCAGAGGAGCGCGCCGUGUCCUGUAAGUUUGCGGAGGAGCGGGAUCGGGCGGAGGCGGAGGCGAGGGAGAAGGAAACGCGGGUCUUGGCUCUGGCCAGAGCGCUGGAGGAAAACCAGGGCGCUCUGGAGGAGGCGGAGAAGACCAUGAAGGGGCUCCGAGCUGACAUGGAGGACCUCAUCAGCUCCAAGGAUGACGUGGGGAAGAGUGUCCACGACCUGGAGAAGGCCAAGCGCGGCCUGGAGGCCAUCGUGGACGAGAUGAGGACGCAGAUGGAGGAGCUGGAGGACGAGCUGCAGGUGGCCGAGGACGCCAAGCUGCGUCUGGACGUCAACACUCAGGCUCUCCGAGCGCAGCACGAGAGGGAGCUGCACGCCCGCGAUGAGCUGGGCGAGGAGAAGAGGAAGCAGCUGCUCAAACAGGUGCGUGAGCUGGAGGCGGAGCUGGAGGAGGAGAGGAAGCAGCGAGGUCAGGCAUCGGGCAGCAAGAAGAAGCUGGAGGGGGAGCUGAAGGACAUGGAGGACCAACUGGAGGCCACCAGCAGGGGGCGCGACGAAGCCGUCAAGCAGCUCCGCAAGAUCCAGGGCCAGGUGAAGGAUCUCCAGAGGGACCUGGAGGACUCGCGGGCGGCCCAGAAGGAGGUCCUGGCCUCAGCCAGAGAGUCUGAGCGCAGAUCCAAGGCCAUGGAGGCGGACAUCGUCCAGCUGCACGAGAUGUUGGCAGCAGUCGAGAGAGCUCGUAAGCAGGCAGAGGCAGAAAGAGACGAGCUGUCUGAAGAGCUGGCCAGUAACUCUUCUGGAAAAUCGCUAAUGUCGGAUGAGAAGCGUCGCCUGGACGCUAAGAUCAGCCAGCUGGAGGAGGAGCUGGAGGAGGAGCAGGCCAACGUGGAGAGCCUCAAUGACCGGCUGAGGAAGAGCCAGCAGCUGGUGGAGCAGCUGGGUGCAGAGCUGGCGGCGGAGCGCUCCACCUCCCAGAGCCGCGAGGGAUCCAGGCAGCAGCUGGAGAGGCAGAACCGAGAGCUGAAGGCCAAGGUGCAGGAGAUGGAGGGCCAGGGCCGCUCCAAACUCAAAGCCUCCAUCGCCGCCCUCGAGGCCAAGCUGAGAGAGGCGGAGGAGCAGCUGGAGAUUGAGAGCAGAGAGCGUCAGGCCAACGGCAAGAAUCUGCGUCAGAAAGAGAAGAAGCUGAAGGAUUUGACCAUCCAGAUGGAGGACGAGAGGAAGCAGGCGCAGCAGUACAAAGACCAGGCGGAGAAGGGCAACGUGCGGGUGAAGCAGCUGAAGCACCAGCUGGAGGAGGCGGAGGAGGAGGCUCAGCGCAUGGCAGCCGCUCGCAGGAAGCUGCAGCGGGAGCUGGACGAGGCCACCGAGGCCAACGACACGCUCAGCAGAGACAUGGCUUCGCUCCGGAGCAAACUCAGGCGCGGCGGCGGCGGCGGCGGGGGAGAGGCGGUGUUCAGCAGCCCCAGUCCCCGGAGCAGUGGCGGCGGCAGCAUGCGGAGCCUGGGGCUGGGAGGGAGCGUCGGCCGCCGGAGCACCAUCAAAGAGAACUCGGUGGAGCUGCCGGAGGAAGAGCCUCCGUGCCAGUCUCGGUCUCCGUCUCCGGACCCCCGCGGAGACGCCUACGACCCCGACGAGUAGAGGCGGGGUGGGGGGGGGGUCACCCAAGUUGCGGGGGUAGAAACUGUUCCAGCAAUAUUUUCACACUUUUAUUUUUAAUUAUUUGAAAGUUUCCUUUUAACAGUAAGGUGAAGGAGUCUCCUAGAUAUUUUAACAACGCGAUGGAUUUGUGUUGAAAUUGUCAGACGUUACACAAACAAAUUGGGGUAAAAAAAUAACGAUAAACGUGUCAAAAAGUAACACCAUGUCAUUCCGAUCAUACAUUUUUAUAUUUGUUAUUUACAUUAUUUUAAAACGUUAUUUUAGACUUAUAAAGUCUAUGAAAUGAAUUGGCAACUAUAUUGAGAACUAACUAAUCAUUUGUGCCGAACGUCUGCUGGUUCCUGCUUUUUAAAUGUGGAAGAUUUAGUACUUUUAGUCGUCAUAUAUGACAGUAAACUGAACAUCUUGGACUUCUGCACUGUUGGCCAAAACAAAAGAAGCAUUUUCAAGACGUCACUUUGAGCUAUGGGAAAUUAUUACACUACUUUGUCACAUUUUAUGGACAAAAUAUUUGAUGAAUUAAACAAGGAAGGUCUACAGAUACUGUAGUAUAACAAAUUAAAACAAGAAUAGAUGUGAAUGAAAAUCUGUGUUCAAAUAAUCUACAAUCAUUUAAAAAAAAAAGUCUUUAUUUAUAGCACUCCAAAAUACAAUGUUUAUUCUUUACUCUAUGAAAUGUUUCAGCCGUUUCUGAGUAAAUUACAUUUUUCCAUGUGAAAUUGCUCCAAAUACUACCCUACCCAUAAGCCUCAGCAGCUGGUGCUAUGCAGAAGACUACAGCCAGAGUGUUACCAUAAUGCAGGACACUUUGUAGUUGCAGUCAGAAAGCAAAGGUUGCAGUAAAGAUCCAAAAUCUAAAAGUAUUGAUGAUUCUAAUUUUGACAUUUAUCCAAAAUGAAAGCUCAAUGCACUCUGGGAUUUGAAGUUGCCUUAUCUCCUGAAGCUGUUGUGGACACUUAAUAAGUGUCUCGUUUCAGUUCCGUGUGUUGAAAAGCUCCAAACGGUCACAGGACAUUAUCACUGUUUUUUUUUUUUUAUUUAUUUUAAUUAUCAGUGGCUAGUUUUAGUGUCUAUUGUAUUUAAUUGUUGGCAGGAAGUAUUGGCAGCUUACAUCCAGUUAAACCUGUCGCUCCAUCGUUUCCUCUCUGGUCUUUCUGGCUUUAUUAUGUCAUGUACUGCUCGCUUUUGUUUUUAUCUCCCCUUCUCAAAAUGUAUAUUGAUUAGAAAAAAGAAAAAAAAACACAGUUCAGGAAGCCCACUUAAAAAAACCUAACAAUUAACCCUAAAAUAAAAUGUUAAGAACACAUGCAGGUCCCCAUUUUAUUUUUCAUUUUGAAUCUUUCACAACUAAGUUCGCUCUACAGCCUAAGAGCUUUUAUUACUUUAUUAACAUGAAGUAAUCCUACUAGCAUCAGCUAGAUGCUAAAUUGUUUAACUUUAAUUUGGGGAAAUAAAUCUCAGUAUUUAAGAAAAGUGCAAUGAGCACAAAGGUAACACAGAGGUAUGAAUUAAAUCCUCAAAGUUUACCAAACAAACGCAGCCUCCAGAAUCUGAUUCCCAGUUUAAUUUGACAAGAGUUUGAGGGUUUGCGAUGUGAAGUCAAGGAAAACAAGUAACCAUUAUUUUAAAUGUCUGUGGAUUAAUAUAACAUAAUUUGUGAAUUUAAUAUAUUUAUAUAUAUAUAAUAUAAUGUGUAUGAAGUCCGUUUCCCUAGUUUCAACUGCCCCCUUCAAAAACAAAUCCGCUGUUGAGAAUGUAUUUUCAGAAUCCUCAAAGAUGCUUCUAACCAUGUGUUGCACAAUAAUAAAAAAAUAAAAUUAACGUGAUUCUCAAGUUGCGACUUUUUUCUAUCCAGGUCGCCAGAAGUUAUAUCUCUUUUUUUUGUAAAGCACAAGCAAAAUAUUUAUUGUAUGAAAAUUUUAAAAUAUCAAAAAAAAGAAGAUACAAUAUAUUGUGAUUCAGUUUUUAUUUGUUUUUUAUUUGGAUUUAAAAAUUAAGCAAGAAUGGAGACACUACUUCAGAAAAUGGUUAAAAAUCUUUUUUAAAUCAUGCAGCACACUAAAGAUGUUUGAAGUGCACCACUACUCCCAUGUUUGAAAUAGGACUGAAAUCAGUUUUCUUCUUGAUCCUGACAAAAAAAAAUCAGGAUGUUUUCAGAUUAAAAAAAAGUAACUUUGAAAAAUGAUCCUGGCAAAACCUUGUUUUUUCACCUGUUCUAAGCCUGACCUAUUAUACACCAGACAUCCUUUCAGUACGAGUCACCUUGCCUCUCAGGGCUUCCAUAUUUAAGGAUUGAAUAAAUGCCUUCAAGACAGCAGGACGUUUUGUUAAAUGACAUGUUUCAGAAAACCUGACGGGUUUAUUUUUCGGGAAAUGAGAUGCUUCGCUCAGAAAAUGUUUUUAGAAUAUUUGAGAGAAUCAGUUUAUUUGGAAACAAUGUCAAACUAAAUUUGUAACCCAACUGUUGUAUAUUCAUUCUUGAGAUUAGGCCGGUGUGAUUUUUAAACCCCACAGAUACACAACUUUAUUAAAAGUGACCUGUACAAUGGCUGCUGUGAUGCAGGACUUUCUGAAGUGCUAUUAAACUGCUCCCUAAUCCUCCCGGA